AUGAAACAUAAUGCUUCUAAGCUUAUCAAGGGAGAUUACACAUAUCUUGCUGAUCUUUCCUGUGAUAAUCUGGACUGUGCCGUAAAAAUCUAUUCAGAAGCAAAAAUUUUCAACGUGAAGCUGGGAUCAUACAAGCUGUCAUCUCCAAAUGGGUUGCUUGCUGAGGUUCAAAUCUUUAAACAUGAUAAAUUAUGUCUCUGAUCAGAGGACUCGCCAUUUGAUUCUAUUCAACUUUGCACUCAUAACUUGCAUUUUCUCUGUUGAUGCAGAGUGCAACGGUUGCUGAUUCUUUAGUUGGUGUCUUCUCGUACAGGCCUUUUGAAUCUGAAUUAGACUGGAGUUUUGUGGCAAAAGCCUCUCCAUGCUAUAUGACCGUAUGCUAUUCAGAGCUUACUUCUAAUUGAAAUUUUGACAGAUCAGAACUCACGACAUCUUUUGUUUAUUUGAUGCAGUAUUUAAAAGACUCAGUUGAUAAUAUCAUUUCUUUCUUCAAGAAUAGCACAGCCAUUAGUCAGACCCUAGCUUUGGAGACUGCUGCUGCAGUUCAGGUCUUUUCAUGUCAAUGUGCUAUUUAAAUGAAUCUUAGAUUCCAUUCAAUAUCUUGAUGAUUGAAGAUAUGUUUCUUUUCUUUUGCUUUUUAGAUGACGCUUGAUGGAGUAAAGCGCACUGCCCAGCAACAAUUUACUCGGGCGUUGAGGGACCAUGCCAGGUUUCUAUCAUACAAUUACUAACAUGGACUCAAGUAAUGAUGUAUUAAUUUAAUAAACCUUAUAUGUGAAUCUUGUGCUUCAGGAACUAGUAGACAAAUUUCAUUUGAUCAUCUUAUUUUCCUGUAAUCUAAAAAUAUAAGCCUAUUCAGGUCAUGUUAUUGGGGAUCUUUGGUAAAAAUGAUUUAGAACAUUUUUCUCUACUCAUUAUCAUUAUUCGUCCCUAACUGCUAUUGGUUAUGAUGGUAGUAAACAUAGAAUCUGUUUCCCAUUGUAGCACUUCAUUUGAUCCAUGGUACUAAUUGUUUUUGAUGCACAUGAAGUGAAGCACACAAUUGACUUAGCCCCAAUAAUACUUGUGACAAUUUCUGAAUACUAUUUCCCCCUGCAUUUUCUCUUACAUCUUUUCUUCCUAGGUGUAGCUUCUCAGCUGCCAUAAAAUGGAAAAAUACUGAUGUCCCUAUAAGAUUUGCAUGUGGGUGGGCAAUUCUCUUGUGAACGUGCUUCAUUUGGAUAACUGAUGAUUCUGAAAUCUGCCAUGUCUCAUACUGCUAUUUUAUGGAUUAAUAGUGGAUUUUGCUGAAACAUUAAUAAAUGGUUGUCUAAAUUUUUUUAAAUGGCAUUGAUGUCAUCUUAGCCAUUCUCCUAGGAGUGGGUAUCGAAUACUGAAAGGCAGUGCCAACCGUUAUGUCAUUUCCCAUCUUCCAUUUCAAAUGUUGAGGUUCUCAUUCCUUGUUGUCUUGUCAUCAUGCUGACAUGAAUAGAUACCUGCAUGUUUAUUGUACUCUCAUGAGGCUUCUGUAGCCAUUAUUCGUUCAUGCCUGUAUUCUUGACUGCUAUUUUCAAUUCAUAUCGUGCUAUUGAUGCUUACUACUUCUUUGAGUUGUCUGUUCCCUUGUAACUGGUGCCAUGAAAUUCUGUCAUGACUUUUUUUGCAUUGUCAUGACUUUUGCUGUUAAUAAAUGUUCUCCAAUGUUCCAUCAAAGUAUCCAAAUUAAUUUUAGAAUAUCCUAUGAACUCCUGUACUCGGUGCUCCUCUUUUAUCUGAUUUUCAAGUCAUUCAACAUUGCAAAGUUCAUCUAUGUUUUCCCUGCAUGUAAUGCAUCAAGUAUGCUUAAUGUUAGUUAUAGAUGAAAUUACAAGUAUUUCUUACCUUUUUUUCGUCAUUUAUAUGUGUUUACUCUGAUUUUGGCUUCGAUAUAUUGUCAACUGUUUCUAUCUGUCUUCCUAUCAGAUCUUGUUUCAUAAAUCAGUUUGGCGAUGAUUCUUGUUUAAUUGAAAGUGUUUUUUUGCUACAUUUUCCUUCUUGUAGGUUUUUUCUAGAUUUGGAUAUCGCUGCUCCAAAGAUUACUAUCCCUACCGAAUUUUACCCUGAAAAUACCUGUACUAAACUUCUACUUGAUCUUGGACACCUGAAGCUCUCAACAGAGGUCAUUUAUUCCAUUCAAGCCACCAUGUAGCCACCAUUUUAUCUUUGUGCUUAGCAAUGUGUAAUUAUGAUGUAAAGUCUCUUGAAAACAUGCAGGAUGAAAAUGAGUUGUCCUCAACUGAACGAGAAGAUUUGAACUUUCAGUUCAAUGUGGUCUUGAAUGAUGUGUCUGCAUUUAUGGUUGAUGGGGAAUAUUCUUGGAGCCCAGCUCCUGAGAUGCCUUCCAGUUCAACAGAGCUAAAUAGUGUCCUCCCUGUGAUUGACAAGUGUGGUGUACUAUUAAAGCUGCAGCAGGUUGCUAUUCUCUCUAUAUUUACUUUUUUUUAGAAUUUAAUUCUUAGCGUGAAAAAUUCUAUAUGCUUAUGUUUUAUUUUGAUUGAUCAGAUUCAGUUGGAAAAUCCACUCUAUCAAAGAACAAAGCUCGCCAUUCACCUGCCAGUGCUUGGUUUCCAUUUCUCACCAGCUCGCUACCACCGGCUGAUGAAAGUUUUGAAGUUGUUUCAGGAUGAUCAUACUGAUGCCGCAGAUAUGAUUCGUCCUUGGGGUCAGGCAGAUUUUGGGGGUUGGCUAUCUGUUCUAUCGUGGAAGGUUUGCUCUCCUUUUCUUUUCUUUAGAUAGGGUUCUCAGGUGACAUUACAUGCCAAUAAUCUCUAUCAUCUCCUUUGCUUUUUAGGGUGUAGGUAACCGAGAAGCUGUGUGGCAACGCAGAUAUUUGUGUAUUGCUGGUCAAUUUCUCUAUGUGCUCGAAAAUCCUACUUCCAAAACAUACAAACAGUAUUUCAGGUUUCAACCCUUUAUUUUCUUAGUUCCAAUGCCAGUUUUGAAUUUAUUUCUUGACAAGAGGUGAGCUAUGAAUAUAUUCUGAAAAGGUGGUUGAGUUGAAGUAAAUUUCAAAGGAUUUUGUACGCUUUUUUCUUAGGUUAGUAGCUUGAACAACUUAGUAAACCCUUUUUUUCAUUCUAUUACAGGAGUCCACUGUCUUAGUAAUUCCUGAGUGCUUCUAGUUUCCUAACUUAUCUUCAUCAUCAGGUAGUAAAGGGUAAUCAUGACCAUGCCAAGUCAGUGGACUUCCAAGCUUUGGCUCCUAGUGUAUGAUGUGCUCAAUUUUCCUGAAGGCGUUAAGGCACAACAUAUGCCCACCAUUUAUCUAUAGAUUAUAAAUCCGUCUUUACAGACAUCUAGCCUCAAAUCAUAGGAAGUGCCUUUUGUGAGGCUAGUGCAGUGUACAUUUGCCGAUUGUGAUGAUCGUACCAUUUAAAAGAGUAUUUGAGCGAAGAUUGAAUAUUAUAGUACUUGGUGGUACACAAGUGGUUCAAUCAUUCUGUAGGAACUUAUUUUAAUCUGCGCUUACAACCUAAUACUUUUAAAAGAUGUUCUAAGUGAGUUCCUUAGGUUCCACGUUUUCUUUCCAUUGUGUAAAUUUCAAAACUUGAAAUUUAGGGAAUGCCAAGUUUUUUAGAUGCUUUUUGAAAGUAACCGUCUUUGAGUUUGGAAGAUGAAAUCAGGUAAUUUGUUCACUAUUUGAUGAAAUAAAGUACGAUCCUGACAUGUGCUGUCUAAUGGGAGCCUGACUGAACGUUAACCGAGAAAAUUCUUGUGAACUUCUUAUAACUCCCUGCUAACAUAGCUAUCUUGUUUUGAAGUUUGCGGGGCAAGCAGGUGCAUCAGAUUCCGUUGGAGUUCCUUGGUGAUGAAGAGCAUGUUCUUGCAUUAAGUGAUGCUAGUCAGUUGACCACGAAGGUUUGGCAAAAUUUUAUGCUCAUGAAUAGUGUUUAAUAAAAAUCUAUACGGCAUUGAUUGUCUGCCAUUCAGCAGGUUGUUGAAGAUGCCAGUGCUAUAAUUUUACAUUGUGACUCUGAUGAUUCUUGCAAGACUUGGCAGAAUCGCAUUCAAGGGGCUAUAUAUCGUGCAUCGGUAUCUUUUCCUUCUGAUUUAUCAUAUUUAUCUACUUGUAACCUGUUGAAGUUAACAUGGUUAUGCAACUCAGGUUUUGAUCUUUAGCUUGGAGGCAGACAAUGUAGUUUUUUAUAUUCCGACUCCACUGUAUUGCAUCUUUUACAGAAGUAGAAUGAUAGAUCUGUGAAUUUUAAUGAAUUUGAACCGCUUAUGUUAAUGAAUAAUCACAUAUAUAUAGAUUUGAAUGGUUUUUUAACUCAUUGUUUAAUGGGGUUAAGCAAUAUGAGGCGUAACUGAGAGUAAGUUCUAAUGGAGGAAGUGUCAUAUACUCACAGUACCAAAUUGCAUAUUAAAAUCUGAGGGAAUUUUUCUAGCUCAUACCAGUCCAGUUUAACUGUUGUAGUGGCUACAUGGAGGACCUGCACAGCUAUGUGCCCAGUUGGCUAACCAAUACUCAGAUCAGGGCAGCCGGAGUAAGAUCAGUUGCAAUUCAGGCGGGCAUAGUUUGACUCAACCGUACACUCUUAUUACUUGGGCUCUAUCAGACAUAUUAUUCUGUCUGGUUAAUUGUAUUCAUACAAUGGGCUAAACCCAUACGAGGGUAGUAUAGGUCAGAUUGUUAUAGACCUCUCAGACUUACCUUUCAAGGAUUUUUAACCCCUAAUCUUAUCUGACUAUUCCAAUCUUGUUGAAAUGAGUUUAAGUUGUGGAUGGAUAUGUUGAAUUUUAGAAUUGUUGACGGGACAGAAUCCUGAGGAUAGAUGUGUCUAGAACGUUCUAGGGUCUGGUCAUUAUGUGUCUAGAAUCUUCAAGGGUCCGGCAUAAACACGAGACCCCUCUACCUUGUAACAGAUUUUUUUCUCUUAGAAUAAAAACAUUUCCUCCAUUGGUGCGAGGGUUGUUUUUCCAGUCCACUGGACCUGGUUUGAUCUUCAACAUGGUAUUAGAGGAAAUCCUGGUGAAAUCGCUGCUUUUUUCUCUUCCGCAACAAUCUAUUCUUCUAAAAUAACGGUUCUUGAACUAUUUGUCCUCCUCUGAGUCGAGUAUUGUUGGAGCUAAAGUUGCUGGGCGUAUGUUUACUCUAUGAUGCUAAUAAAAGAAUUAACGAUUCCCAGUCAUGAGUAGGCCACAAGAAAUGUUGCAGCUACAAAGGGCUUAUAUCUACAAGGAUCUCUCAUUCAACUAUUUUAUGCCAAUAUUCUUUUCUUCCUCUCUGUGAUUGAUUUCUGAGAAUUAUAUCUACAUCCUUUCCCUUCCACUAAUUAAUGUCACUUUUGGGUACAUUCAAGAAGUACAAGAUCAGGUAUAUAUUUAAUGCGGUUGCCGUUUAUCCAGGGUCCUGCUGCUGUUUCUGGCUUGUCUGAUGCUUCAACUCCAGGAAUUCUGAAACAAAAACAAAUGGAGGAAGAGAUGGGAAAUCUCUUCGAUAUGGAGAGACUGUUUAUCACUGGAGUUUUAGAUGAACUAAAGAUUCGGUUCUCUUGCAACUAUAAUGUUGGUUCUCAAACUCGUUUUUUAUACUAGUUUUCUUUUUUAUGUUAUAUUACAAGUGUUAUUAAGUCCCUAAUUGCUUUGAUUUUUCAUUUCGUUAGACCAAUCAGAACUUCAAAGUGAUAAUGCUUGGUAAAGAAAGUGGCUUGCUUGAGUUCAGAGCAACCGGUGGCCAGGUGAUUUUCUAUCUGGCUUUCAUUCACCCUAGGUAAAAUGAUUUGUCUUUCCAACUGGAUUAAUCUCAUUUAUUGAUGGAAACAGGUCGAGGUCUCUAUCAGAGAGAAUGACUUGUUUAUUGGUACUCUUUUGAAGUCGCUGGAAAUAGAAGAUCUAUUUCACUGUGAGGGGGUACCUAAGCCUCGAUACCUUGCAAGAUCCUUUAUCAAGGAUACUGAUGACUCCGCAUGGAAUUUAUCACCAUUUUUCACCACUGUUGGUGACCAGAACUCUGUUAGCAGUGAACAAAAUGAAACUGACACUGAAGAGAAAUUUUUUGAGGCUUCUGAUGAUCUCAGUGACUUCAUAGAGGCAACAAUUCAACCUCAGGGAGUCAUCCCUGAAUUUUUGAGCUCUAGGAGUUACUUUCCACCUGAAAAUUCUUCUAUGAAUGCUCCUAGUUUUAAUCGUAUCCCAGGUUUACUACCUGAUGCCAAAUCUUAUGAUAAGUCAGACUUUAAAGAGGCUGCUACAUUGGAUAAUUUUGUUAAAGCUCAAAUAAUUAUCUUUGACCGGGAUUCUUCUUUGUACACCAGCAUCGAUAAACAGGUGAGUAUGUGCUAUUUUUAUUCAAGUGAAUUCAUUUUUUAUUUUUUAAAAUUCUUCAUUUAAUUUUCAUGUAAGCCUAAAUUUAUAGAUAAAUUUAUAUAAUUUAUCUUGUUCUCGAACUCGUUGUAGGUAAUGCUGAGCAUAGGAUCAUUAUCGUUUUUCUGCCAUCGUCCCACAAUCCUUGCUGUCUUGGAAUUCGUCAACGCUGUUAGUGCCAAGGAUGACCAAGCUGUGCCUCAAUAUCCUGCUUCGGCUUUUGAGAUAAAUAGUUCAAAUACUGUGCCUAGUCCAUCAAACUCUGAUCUUCCUCAAGAGCCUGUUAUCAAAGGGUUGCUUGGAAGGGGAAAAUCUAGGGCCAUCUUCUAUUUAAUGUUGAACAUGGCCAGAGCUCAAAUUUUCUUGAUGAAUGAAAAUGGAAAAUGUCUUGCUACGUUAUUACAGAAUAAUCUACUUAUCGAUAUCAAGGUCUUCUGAAGAACCUUUCCACUUUGGUUAAUUCUUCUUCUCUACAUAACCUUUUAUCUCAUUUAAUUCUUCUGCUUUCUUCCAAAGGUGUUUCCAUCUUCGUUCCAGAUAAAAGCUGCUCUAGGAAACCUGAAAAUAAGUGACGACAGUCUCCCUUUGGAACAUUCUUACUUUUGGGUUUGUGACAUGAGGAAUCCAGAUGGAAGCUCAUUUGUCGAGGUACUGUAUGAAUCAUCCAAGCACAUUUCUUUUGUAGUCUGAAGCUUAUAAUUUAAUACACAUCAAAUUUUAAGGAUAUUUGUCUGUUGCCUUUGACUAACAAGUAGAUACUUCUCAAUUUUUCAUCAAGCAUCCUUGUUUUGAACCGGACAAUUUUCUUGUUUGGUACAUGUGGAAAACUAUACAGUGAUGCAAAGAUGAUAUACAGUGGGAAUAAAGCUCUAUUUGUUAUUCAUGUCAUAGAUGGCUGCUUGUUAUAUAGAAGUACUACUUGCAUGAAAUACACAAUGGUUAUGAUGGAAAACCACUUUGUAAUGUAAAUUUGAGUAAGCUUUUGGAUAGACACAAGAUUUGUGUACAUUCUAGGGAUAUGAAGAACAUUUUUUAAGGUCAGUGAAGGACUUAUUUUAAUGUCUCCUUCACCUACUACUAUGGUCAAAGAACCAUCUGUUGUUAAUAUUUUCCUUCUGGUUUGGACAAGGAGAGUAUGUGAAGAAGACAUUUGGUAAGUGGGUCAUAUGGUUGGUAGCUUCUGAAUCAAUGUUCCAAGAAUUAUCGGAGGUUGUAUCUCAGGCAUUUAAUCUAAAGAGGAUGGAAACGUGAGUGAGUAUGCCAAUAAACAAGAAUCAAGCUUGUUAAUUAGAGUUCUCACCCUCUUGAUCUCUUCUCGGUUGAGGUCACCUCUAGCCAUCAUCGUCAGGCUGUUCAUGCUUUGUCAUUCAAGCCUCAAGCUUCUUCUGCUUUCCUCUAAUUAUGAUAUAGCUGUCAUCUCUACAAUUUCUAAUAUUUGUAGAAAAACUGACGUCUUUUGGUGUUUAAGGCCGAGAGGAUAUUGACAAAUAAGGUUGAUGAUCAAAAGAGGUUAUCAACUGUUGGUGUUUAAGGAAAUAUUGUAAAAGACUGAAGGUAUUUUGGGGUAGUUGUCUAGGGUUUCUCCUUAUAUAAGAGGUGUUAGAGGUGAGUGAAGAGAGAGGUGGCUGUUUGGCAUUCUCCCCUGUUCUUUGUGACAGAGGUUAUUCUCCAUGUGCCUACGUUUCUCUACAUGGUAUCAAAGUUGGUUUAGGGUUUCAAACACCUCUUUGGCACUGUCACAAGUUAACGCCACCAUUGCCGACAUCUUUCACUGCCUAUGCCGUGGUUAUUAGUGCUGUGCUGCUUUUUGGUGAGGUCUUCUACCUCCACCAAGUAUCUUUCCGGUGAGAGUUUCCACCUCUACCGUGCUACUUUCCAACAAGGCCUUCCACGUCUGCCAAAUAUCCUUCCAGCGAGGCCUUCCACCUCUGCCAUACUACUUGCUGGCGAGGUCUUCCACCUCUAUUGAGUAGCUUUCCAACAUCAUUUCUAUGUAGUCAUCUGUCAGUCCAAUGUCUGUCCUCUGUCUGGUGAUGUCCAACACUGGCAUUCUCUACUAGUUUCGUCCUUUGCCCUCCUCAAUCUAACUUCUAUUCAGAAAUGUUCUCAAUCAAGUGCCAUCUUGAGCGUGUCAAGGUCAUCUGACGUCAUUCAAUGUCAUCAUGCAUAUUCCCUCGUAGUCUGACAACAUCUUGUGUAGUCUGGCAUUAGAAGGCAUCAUUGUCCUACAAAGUAGGACUGCAACAUCUCAUCCUAAUAGAAGAUGAGCUUUUCGACACCAUCACAAGGGGAGUUACUGCCACAACAGGUGAUUGUCGUUAUAAAUUCGUUUUCCAACAAGUGAAUGUUUAUCAGUGGCUUAGUCAAGAUGAAGUUUUCCAAAGUUCAUCUUAAAGGGGAGUACUAUAAGUGCUAGGUUGUAAGGAAAUACUGUCAAAGACUAAGGCUAUCUUGGGACAAUUAUCUAGGGUUCCUCCUUAUAUAAGGGGUGUUAGAGGUGAACGAAGAGAGAUGGUUAUCUGCUGUUCUCCCCUGUGUCCUCCAUGACAAACGUUAUUCUACCUAUACCUAUGUUUCUCUACAUCAACAAUCAAGGCUAAAAGGAUUGACAAUGAAGAUCAGUGAUCAAAAAAAGGAUUGACGAGCAAAACUAAAAAUGGAGGAAUUGACGAUCUGCAGCCUCCACAAAAGUGUGUCGUAAAGUAUGGAGUGCUUUGACAACAACCCCUAGGAUGCUCUCUCACAUCCAACACAAAAGAGGAGAGAAAAAAUGGCACAAACAUGGCAUUUGCUGCCUUUGAUUCCGUCAUUAGUUCUUCCCUGUGGUCAGGCGCCCAGAACUCGAGAUCUCCUAGUUGUAUGAACAAAGUGGCCCUAGACUAAUCUAAGUACUAAUCAGAGUAAACCCUAGGCUGUGGCAGAAGGCAGGAAGCAAACCCCAGAUUUUCUGGAGGCCUGUGACUACAAACUAGGCUCUGAUACUAUGUCAAAAACUAUACAGUGACACAAACCCUGGGAGGAUAUAUAGUGGAAAAAAAAAUCUCUGCUUGUUGUUCAGAUCAUAGAUGAUUGCUAGUUAUAUAUAUAGGGACCAUGAAACAAAAAACUAUCUAACAAAAUAAGAAGCUGACAAAAUAGGAAACUGACCAACUAAGAGCUGAACUCCUAAAUAUAUGUUCUUUUCCACACUAGCUCACUGUCUCUCUGGUGGGGUUGACAUCCUUAUUGUUGAUCAUUUGGGGUACAAAGGGUGGUGUGAAUUUUCUUACAACCUACUUAUUGUCUUUUGUGAAGAAUAUUCUAAAUCCUUUUAUAUCUUACCGACUACCUUUUCACUAGACUUUGUGAUAAGACUAUUUUUUACAUGUCUUGUUGAUAGAUUGCCAUAAAUGGCUGACAGCCUACCUACACUCCUUUCAGCAAACUACCAUGAACCAAGUUCUUGUAUGUUUUCUUAUCUUGUCAUCAGGCUGGCUUGAACAUAUGCCUUCAUGUUUAUUGUCCUCUCAUGAGGCUUCUGUUGCCAAGAUUCUUUCAUGCCUUUAUUCUUGACUGCUGUUUUCAACUCAUACUGUGCUACUCUUGCUUCUUUUUUGACUUCGUCUGUUCUCAUAUCACAUUUACUAAUUCACACCUAACAAGGUUUUCUUAAAUGAAUGCUGUUCCAAAAACUGUAUGAGAAUUAUAAUUGCUAGAAAAAGAAGAGUAGGAAUGCUUUUUAAAAAUAAGGAUGAUCAUUACAGGGGUAUUACGGUCAUUUGGAAUAUCUGUUGCACAAUAAAAAUAAUCAAGCGUUUGAGAAAGAAUGGAAAAGUUCUAAUAGAUUGCUUUAUACUAUUUGAGUGUUCCGUUCCCAAUGAAAGCAGCUGCAUUAAGUUCAAGAGAACGUCAAAUAUUUUUUUAUUCGAAGCUUUACCGGCAAGCUCAUAUUAGUUCAUAGUUUGAUUCCAUGUUCAAGUACUGAAUUGCGCUAUUUUCUUAAAAAAUGAGAAUUGAAAGAAUCAGAUACGAAAACUUAUCAAGAGUAAAUUGGGUUAACAUCUACUGUGUAUGUGUUUUGUUGUAAUUGUCAGGCCAAAAAUCUGUCAGAAUUAGUAAGAUUGGGAAUAGUUUUCCAGAAUGAUUGGUGAUUUUCUGGUAAAGAUAAAGAGUAAAUGGUUUGAGUGAGGUCAGAUAUAAUGCUGCUAUUUCCUUUGACUUGUCACUGAAUUUUGUAUUACUGAGGCAAGUUGUCUCUUAUCUGAAUCUAAUGAAGGAUGAUCUAUUUAACGUCCUCCAUUUCUCCUCUGCCUUUACCCGAAGGACCUUGAAUUUUAGGUGUCCAAGUUUUUUACUUGAGAGGGCCGUCAUUUCUCAAUGCGAAAGAGCUUUUAUCAUUUCUAAAUCCUCAUUGAAGGGUGUUAUUGGUUGGAACUCUCUCAUAUCUCUUUUAUCAUACCUCAUUGAAGGGUAUAAUUCAUAUACUAUAUUGUUCAAUUUCAAAGUAAGCCUCCACUUUUGGGCUCUAUAUUAAAACGUAUGUUAUAUUUCAAGAUUAUUGUUUUUUCCCACAUUUUUAGUUAUAUUUUUCGUGUUGCUGAGUCCUUUGAUAUGCAGCUUGAUUUCAAUUCAUUUAGUGUGGAUGAUGAAGACUAUCCUGGCUAUGAUUAUAGCCUCAUUGGAGAGCUCUCAGAAGUACGGAUUGUAUAUUUAAAUCGUUUCGUCCAGGAGGUAAAUCAUCUUAAAAUAUGGUAAAAUCAUUCUUAUUUCUGCAAUAGUUUGUUUCUUCCUUUCCAUGAACUGUAAUUUAUGCAGGUUCUUAGCUACUUUAUGGGCCUUGUCCCUACCAGUUCGAAAGGAAUUGUUAGACUCAAGGAUCAGGUGUCUGACUCAGAGAAAUGGUUUACAACAACUGAAAUACAAGGAUCACCAGCUUUAAAAUUGGAUCUUUCAUUGAGCAGGCCGAUUAUACUAAUGCCUCGGAGAACUGACAGCCCUGAGUAAGGAACCUAGCUUUUUAUCUUUUAUACUGUAUUGUCAAUUAUAUUAUUUGUGUUUAUAUUUUGAUAUUCAUUUAUACGUCCUGUAAUUAUUGCGUACAUUUUUCUUCAGCUACCUACAGCUUGACGUGCUCAAAAUAGCUGUCCACAACACAUUCCAAUGGUUUGGGGGUGACAUGAACGAAAUGAGUGCUGUCCGCCUGGAAAUAUUGACUAUCAAGGUUCCUUUCUCUAUUUCCUUUUCAAUGUGAUAAUAUCAGUAUACUAGCCGAGUGGCUAGACAUUUCUUUUCUCUUGUAGACUGGUUUUGAUCUAUCUUUUUAAUGGUUAUAGGAGCCGGGUCUUAGUAUUGGCUAUCUUUGUUGUUUUAUGAACAAAUUUUCUGGUUUUCUCUCCGCUCUAUAUUACGCUACUGUGAUUGAGCCUUGUGUAGCACCAACUAUAUAGCGUUUUGUAGGUUUUCACACCCCUUCAUUAACUCUAUAAAAUGGUCGACACUGCACAUCUUUUCAGUAAGAAUGUGACUCUGUUUUGCUGUGUUCAUACUAGAAUGAGUAAUUUUAUGGAUUGAAGCAAACAAAAAAAACGAAUCUCAAGAAAUUUAGAGCCUUGUGACAUUUUUAUGGAACAGAAGUUGACGUUUCUUCCAGACUAAGAGAAGGAUGUGCGGCCCAACUUAGAACCUCUUUAAAUCAAUUACUUUUUCCCCCAACUCUUGAAGCUCACAAUAAUCAAGAAACAGGGUUAAUUUUAUUUUCUUGUGAUUGUACUCAUCAGAAUAAGCCUAUCGCGAUGUAGUGAAUAUUCAAUCCUAGGAUAAGAAGCGAUGAUGGAUCCUUUUCUUGUAUUAUUGACAUUACUUCCAUCAGUUUUAGUCAUUCUUUCUUGUAUUGAGGCGACAUGUGACAUAGAACGUUGAGGAGUAUUAGUCCUCUGAGGAGAGGUCCGAAGAUUUAAUGACUUAAGAAUCGCUCCAGCAACGGCAGGACAUACUCAGAGUAGUGCCUUGUAUGUACAACUGAGCUACCCGGAUGGCGAAAGUAGGUUAGAAGUUUUAGAAUGUCCUGUCAUAUUAGUUUUAGUAGAGAAAUCCUCAAAAGUGGGUGUCCCUGAAUAACAAAACAAUCAACGUAACCAUGAUUGUCCCUUUGCUUAGUGACCUUUCUUCUCUAUUUUGAAUUUUCAUGGCUUCUUAGAAUGUUAACUCCUAUCUAUUUUCAGCUUCAUGAUGAUGUUUUUUCUAUAGUGUGUAAUUCCUGUCUUUUACCUUUCUCUUCGACUUGACUUCUUGGUCCCCUUUCCUUGUUAAUAAUAUUCGCAAAGGUUGAAUACUCUCCCACUUAAGAACAAACCCAUUUUGAGUUCCUGUCUAUCACCUUUCACCCAUAAUCUUAUAAUGCACAUUUUCUUGUAGGGGGAUAGAGUUAAAAUUCAAGAGUUGUGCUCUUAAUGUGUUAAAUACACUAUUCUGUCCUAUCAGAAAAAACACAUCGUCCUCAAGAAGGUUCUUGUGUCUCAUUUGAUAUUCAAUAUAAGAUCAUUCCUUUAUGCAGAAGAAAAUCUAAUUCACAAUAAUCCUCUUCAAGACAAUGGAAUUACUGGUAAUAGACAUCAAAUCGUUCUUUAAGUUAUGAUAUUCAUGAUUCAGUAGGUAAAUCUAGACAGUAUCUUUCUUCUGGCUAAAAUUUCCUCUUAUGCCUUGCACCUAUCACUUUCCGUGUUCUUACUCAGAAUCAGUUGCUGUCCUUUUUGUCAUAACAUCUAGUAACCCAAAUAUGAGUAAGCUAUUUUCAGCAAACAAACCUUCUAUUGGGGAUCAGUAAUAGCAGGUUGUCAGUUUUCCCAUAAGAUCAUUUGGUUGCAGGAUCCAAGAUAAAGUUUUAUUUCACAACUCAAGAUGCCGAGUUUUGGUUAAUUUGUUUGCUGACUGUAAUCUGCAAUGUUGAGGCUGGGAACCAAUCCUUGUAUCAGCAGUCAGUCAUAAUGAUCUAUUUGGUGGCUGUGAUCUGUAAGGUUGAGCGUUCUCCCCUCUCCUAGCAAAGGAGUUUGUUAAUACUGUUGGGAAUCGACCUGACCCAAUGUCCUUCUCGUUCACAUUGGUUUCCCAGCGAAGAAUCUGGUUUUUUCCUUGGGUAAAAUAUUCUUCUUUACGUCUUUCUGCUGCUGUCGUCACAGUAGGGGAGGUUGAAGGGAAGAGACUGAGUGAGGUGGGCUAAUGAGUCACGUAGGGCGCAACUCUCUCCUUCGUGUGUCUGUGGCCAAUGACAAGGGGCCGGCUUCUCAUGUUUCUGCACGGGGGAGAACAAGAGAUACAUCCUAUUCCCCUUCCCACAUACCUGGUAGUGCCCGUCAGUCAUGGUGGCUUGUGUUAAGGAUCAGUGAUAGACCCCAUCCUUAUGCAAGUAUAGAUAAUGCAUAAUGGGUGUACCUGGUUGUAGGAUUCAAACUAGAUGUGGGUGUCAACGCCUAUAGAUACGUGGAAUCCGUAUAUAAUCAGGGAAAUCGGCAAUAUUUGGGUGUACUGUUCGUAUUCAUAUGGAUUACCUUAAUUUGGUACUUACUGAUCCAAUCAAGGGUGAUGUAAAAUUCGGGCUAUACCUGUAAGCUAGUAAUAUCUGUACUGAAAAAUUGGGAACUUAACCAAUUGACAACAAAUUGAGGUUGUGAACCUGAAGAUGUGCAUUGAAACCUUGGCAGGAUACGGAUCAUUCAUUUCCAUGGUUUAAUAAAUGAGUAUUUAUUACUAAUGAUUGUUUCCAAAAAACUGAUGGUUGUAUUUCUUUGAAAUUUUUUGAUGAAAUGCUUUGGAACUGGACCAGAGAAUAAUGAAUCAGCAAAGUUGUGUCCUGGUAUUUCCUCACUACUGUUUUCUCGACCACAAUGAAAUUUUCAAUUAUGAUCGCCAUAUUUUCUAUCAGGUCAAGGACCACUAAAGUUUUAUUCCUAUCAUUUUCUGGAAAGUAUGAAUAAUUGGCUUGUCUUUAUGUUUCUUGAUGAAGUAUAUUUUUGUAACUACACUUCUGUGCGAUGUUUUUUAUGGCUUUAACAAAAGCAGUAGUCGUUUAUAUUUUAGAAAAGCUGUAUCACAGGUUAGCUUCCAGACAAUUUAUUUCAAACUUGACAUCUAGAAAGCUUAUAUUUUGAAAUCAUUAUACCCAAUGUAUAUGUAUACCAGGUGAAAGACAUCAACCUGACCAUUGGUACGGGAACUCUUACUGGCGAAAGCAUUAUUCAGGAUGUGAAAGGUCUUUCUAUUAUUAUUCAGAAAUCUCUCCGAGAUUUGUUGCAUCAAAUUCCAUUGACAGAAAUAAAUAUCAAGGUAGUGUUUAUGAUUAAACUUCACCGUUCGACUUCAUCUUUUAGGUUUCUCCAUUCAAGAUGUUAAAGGUUCUUUUCACUAUUUUUUUAUGCUGUUGUUCAUAGCUUUUCCGAUGAGGCAUUUAUGACCACCUUUUUCAAUUGCCAAAAUUUAUUUCAACUUUAAAUUCAAUCCAGGAUCUUUCUUAUUUCUUUUUGCUUGCUUAUUAUCCAGGUUAAAGAGCUAUCCGCCUCUUUAUCCAAUAGAGAGUAUGAGAUAGUUACUGAAUGUGCUCUAUCCAAUAUAUCUGAGACCCCAAAUUAUGUGCCUCCUUUGAACAUUGCUUUUCAUACUGCUGCUGAGGAUGAGGGUGGAUCACUAGUUUCUCUUGCUUCUGACUCUGCUGAAGGAACUAUAGAAGGAGAAGCAUGGACAAAAUUUAAAAUAAUGGUUUCUAUCAGUUUGGUUAAGCUAUGUUUGUAUUCAGGUAUAGCAAGGGAUUCAUGCUUGGCGACAGUGCAGGUAUUGGAGUAUACUUUUUUGCAGAUAAUUCUUUAAUACAAGUUUUCUUGCAGUCAUUAUGAGAUUUUCAUGACUCUAAAUCUCUGUUCUACGUGAUGUGUUUUUAUUCUUCAUGAUUGUUAGAAUAGUUCCAUGUCAAAUGACAUGAAAUAGAUCACCAAUAUCCGAUUUUUUUUCGGUUUUAAGGCCCUUGAGUCUCCUGCUUUGUAUCAGAACUUAUGGUUAUCUACCUCAUUUAUGUUGUCCGGUAGGCACAUAAAGGAUCCAUGUUAGAAUAAUCCCACGUUGACUGUGAUAAAUUAGACGUGUGCUUAAAAUAUAGGAGUAUAUUCCAUUCCUAGUCUAUUUUAUUUAGUGUGGGCUGAUUAUUUUCUAUGUUCGUAAAAAUAUCUCCCCCACAGAUAGAGAGAGAUGCAGAAGAAAAGGGAAAAGAGAGGAAGAAAGGGAUGUGCCGAAAUUUUACUUGGGAUAUGAACUCCUGGGGAUAAUCUUUCUAGCUUUCCUCCACUGCAUAAGAAUGGGUUUUUAUAUUAAUUGAAGGAAUUGCGGAAUCCAACAGAACCCUGUGGAUAAAAGAUAAUCAUAAAGGGGACAACAGAAAUCUUAAAUAGAACCAUGAUUUGUCAAUCUUUACAGCGGCCAAUCCUGAUUUUAGACUCUUUUUCUUUCUAAUAUGUAGGGGUAAAGGAAAGUCCUCCCUUGAAACUGCGUAAUAUGCGGUUAUUUCCAUUUCAAAUCAAUAAAUCUUUUUACGAAGGAAAAAAUUCCUUUCAAUUCAGAAAUUCUUGAAAUGUGGAGAUAACUGUGUCUGUGGGGCAUCGUACUCCAUUUUCUGAAUGCUACCUGGCUCAGAUCUUGAGAGUGUACUGAGCAACUUACAAUAGUAUUCAUCAAAAGGUGUACACACUAAAAUUUAAAGGAAUUAAACUUUUACUUGUCCGUUUGUGGCUUGUUUUAAAUUGCUGUCAGUCAUUGUGUUCCAUUUUCUGAGUGCUAUCAGACUGAUGCCUUGAGAGAGUAGUGAGCCAGUAAGAAUAGUUUGCAUCCAAUAGAGAUGCACUUAAGAUUUAAAGGAAUGAAAGUUUUAAUUGUCCGUUUUUGGCUAAUUUUGAAUCAUUCGAACACUUUCUAUUCUAAAACAUAUGCCAUUGCCCCUAUGAUACUCCAUUUUCACGCAGCAAAAUCUGAAGUAACGAAGUUCCAUAAAAUAGGAUACAUGUUCAUGUUACUUGUUAAUCGAUGCGUCCCUCUCUUUUAUUCGUGAAACAAGCAUCUUGGCUUAGUUUGGAGCUCAAAAGGUUCGAAUCACUUUCUUUUUUGUACUCAGGCUUUAAACUACUUGACCUCCUGUAAUGAUUAAUUUCUAACAAUCUGUCCAUGAUAUCUCGGAUAUAGGCACGUGGAGCUUGGGUUCUUUUCAAAUCUGAUUCAAUUGGACAGGGGUUCCUCUCAUCAACACUUACGGAUUUUUCUGUAAUUGAUAAUCGAGAAGGUACCAAGCAAGAAUUUAGGCUUGCGAUUGGAAAGCAUGAAAGUGUUCCAGAGGAGCUUCUUAGCUAUGAGUUGGAACAAAAUAGCAAGGUCACUGGUUUUAAAGAAAGUAAAGAGAAAGAGAAAAAUUAUGCAAAAUCAGUUCCGGCAAUGCUCAUUCUUGACGUCAAGUUCAAACAGUCCUCAACAAUUGUAUCUUUGUGUGUUCAAAGACCACAUUUACUUGUUGCCCUUGACUUUCUUCUGGCAAUUGUGGAGUUUUUUGUCCCGACAGUGCAGAACAUGCUCUCAGAUGAAAGAGAUAAAGAUCAUUUGCGGUUCAUUAAUGCAAUAAUUCCUGAUCAGCCAAUUUAUAGUCAACCUUCAUCAGAAUUUUCACUCUCUCCGAACAAACCUUUGGUUGUUGACUGUGAGAAAUUUGAUCAUUUGAUAUUUGAUGGAAAAGGUGGCAAUCUUUGUUUAGAAGAUAGGCUUGGAAUUACACUCUCCAACCACAGCUCUGAGGCUAUGAUAUUCGUUGGAAAUGGGAAAAGAUUGCAAUUCAGAAAUGUUUAUGUUAAGGUCUUUCUCGUUCCUUUCAUCUUUGAUGUGUCAAUCCUAUGGCUAUUCCUAACUUUCCUAUGUUAUUUCUGCUGCAGAAUGGCAAGUUCUUGGAUUCUUGCAUAUUUCUAGGAACUAAUAGUAGCUAUUCAGCUUGUGAAGACGACAAUGUCUUCUUGGGGAAUGACGGUGAAGAUGUGUCUCUUGAUGCUCCACAUCAAAGGAUGACAAAAAUAAAUGAUCCAAAAGCUCAAGUUGGGGCACCUUCUAAAAUACAAUAUGUUCUUGAGUUGCAGGUCAGACAUUAUGAUACUUAAUGAAUCAUUGGCAUAUAUGAUGACCAUCAAAGAUGCUCAUGUUGAUAGUUACAAGUCAUAUGGAGCCGUAUUCUAUUUAAAAACUUAACCUUGUGGUAUUUAUUUAUGGGAGCAUUAGAUAUAAAGUAUUUCCUAAAAAUCACGAGUCUUAAAGAGAAGUAUUUUAACUUACCGUAGUUGCAAAAGUCUCUCAAUGAUGAUUGUUAUAUUACGAUGUAAAUCUUUUUACAAACGCUCUUCCUCAAAUCCAUUAUAUGGUACUAUCUCGUUGAUAACUGAUUGCCUCUGUUGGAACUAAGUCCUUCCUUCACUCGAGGAAGAUCCACAAGUUCCCUUUGCUUCAUGUCAUCUUACUUAUUUAUCCAUUUCAUGUGACAACUUUGUAUCCUCUUAGACCAUACAAGGGAAGUAAGGGUGCUGAGAGAAGAUGAAGCAAAAACAAAUGUGCUAUAUCAAGGUGAAGUGAGUACUAAGAAGAUACAUAGACGUAAGGUCUCUGGUAGAUGUUAUGCUUACCUUUCUAGCUGAAAGGUAAAUAUUAUCAAAAUUUAUAGGUUCAAUUGGAUAUGAUGGCUUACUAUCACCAAGAGACUCUAUUUUCUUGUGACUGAUUGGAAAUAGGAAUCAUCCUGCACUUUCAUUCCAGAGUAGGUCAACAAUUUAGCCUCCUUAGGAUCAUUGUCAAUUCCAUCACCUCCAUUGCGGUGAGAUAUUUAUGAAAAUUGAGAUUAAAAUGAGCUAACUAGAAGGUAUAAUACGAGACUUGGAAGGUAAAACCACAGAACUCUUUCUUUGCAGAAAAAAACUGUAUAGGUGGAUAGUAAGACUCAAUUUCAGCAUAAGGAAUAUUUUUGGAGAUAUUUCUUUUGUUUAGAUAUUAUGAGUUUCAUGCACUUUCUUGAGAUGAUAAUAGCCUAGGUAAACCUAUCGGAAUGAAUGAAGUUUAAUUUUGAGAAAAUAAGGUAAAGAUCAUGAAUAGGAGCAAUACAUCUAAGCUCAAGGUAACCGAAUCCUAGUGCCUUUGAUGACAUUUGGAUGACAAUCUAAACCCUUUUUAUUGAUGGCUUCAUUUUAAAAUUUUCUUUGGACAGUGUUGAAAUAACAAGGCUCUAGUUAUCUCACAAAAGAUUACCGCUCUUUAUCUUAACUUCUCCAUUUGUUGAGAGUCUACAAAAGAGGUUUUAUGCAAUACUCCAUGAUCUUCAAAAAAUCUGUAUUCUUUUCCAAAAGUUCCUUGGCAUUAUCUAAUUUUUAUCGUUUGAUACUUCUCAUAAAUUGGAUUUCAAUCUUGUAAAACUCCAAUAAUAUCAUAAACUUCCCCUUAAACUUCAUAAGAUAAGUCUGUGUUUAAAUAAUGUAGUCAGCAAAUGAAGCUUACAAAGUUUUUAUAACAGUUAUGAGGUCAGUGAGGGCCCCAUAAUAAACAAAUUUAAAAUGAGACCUUCUCUUACUAUUAGACGAAAGAUGUAAUGGUUUAGGAUGCUUAGUCAUGUAAGAAGCCAAGUCUGACUAAACAUGGAAGGGCUAAAAAAAAUUCUAAGAUUAGAAAAGGCCAACACAUAUCAUAUAAUUUGUUAAAAAAAAAAACUGUUUUUCAAGAAAGUUUGUAUUCUUCAGUGUGGAAGAAUACUAAAAAUCAGAUAGUGUGUUUCAGCUGAUGACGCAGUUGAUAGUCUUGUUCUUUUUUGUGUGUUUCUCUGGGCUUAUUUGUAUGAUAGUGGCCUUAAAUUAGUAAGCUUUUUUUCAGGCUAUCAGCCCAGAACUUACAUUCUACUGCACAUCUGGAGAUCUAGAGGAUUCACAAUUUUUUUCAACAAAGCUACUUCAUGCGCAAUUUGACAUGUUUUGCAGGUUUUUGUUCUUCUAUUAGUUUUCCAAUUAUGACUACGUUUACAAUUGAUAUUAAUAUCAUUGCAUUUAAAUUUUUCCAUAGUUUUAGUUAUGCUUCUUAAGUUAACUUCGUAUGUAGAAAAGGCAUGACCUUUCCCAUGUCAAAUAACUAACACUGGAAAAGGCUUCCUCUGCAUCAACAAACAGUAUUUCUCAAAUGAUAUGAUCCUCACAGCCAAUAUUUUGACUGGAGCUGUCAGUGAGAUUUGAUCAUUUUCGUUGAAAUCGUAGAAUAUUAAAAUCUACCGAGAAAUGAUCUACUAGAUGCCAUGAAAUUUAAUGCAUGAUGUUUCUAAUUGUAGAAGAUUGGGAAAUUAGCCAUUUAAAUGGCUUAGUGCUUUGCCGAGGGGUUAAAUUCAAAGGGCAUGUGUGAAAGGCUGGGAUGGGACCCUCCAUAAGGACUCAAAGACAGCCAUGUGCCCCUUCUAUUCUCACUAAGAAGCAGAUAGGCACCACUUCUCUAAUGAAUUAGCUUAGCUUGGUGUGGCAUUGUUCCCUCAUCAAGACAUUGCCCUAUUUGUUUCCUUGUUGUUCUAGAUAUCCGUUUUGGUUAUUGCACAGGGAGAACAUUUCUAUGCGCUUUUGUUUGUUCAUAUGUAAUUGAGUUUCCUUCUAUCCUCUUUAGACAUCUCCUGAUCUCUAGGUCUGAUGUGGAUACGUUAGAACUUUUGAGUUGUGUUUCCUGUCAAUGUGAAAAAUCUAUUUUCGCCAUCUAAAUAAACCAUAUUUUUUCAUCUUUUAAUUUCAGAGCCCUUAUUUCCAUGAUCUCAGAAAAUAUAUUUUCUUUUUGUGGGAUGUUCUGUGAAAGAUUGGGUCUUCAAAGUGUAUGAGUGCACGCUGAGAGUUCUCAGGGGCAGUUUGUUGUUAUCUACCUGCAAAUUGGCAUGGUGUUUUACUAACUUUCGCCAAUUACAAUCCGAAUCGUUUUCAGGGUGAAAUUUGAUCACUUUUGAAACCGGAAAAUAAAGGAAAAACUAAUGUAAUAGGCCAAAAUCGGGCAUUCUCGUAUUACUUGAUGUCGGAUGAAGAAUCUGACAGGGUAGUUCUCUUGACUGCACUGGCACUGAACACUACCAAGUGGUGACAGUCAAGGGCUGCAAAUGGCCCUUGGUGGCAUUUUCUUCACAUUUUCUGACGCUAAAAAAUUGUUACAUUUGUUACGUUUAUUACCAUUCUCCAUAAACUUUCGGAGGGAGGAAUUAAUGUCACCAUAUCCAAGACUUUUCUGUUCCAUCCACUCCUAAAUACAUUAGACUACUAGCUCUCCCAGCGCAGAACUGAAUUGUUGGGAACUUUUCUUUUGUAUGCCGUUUUAUGCAUCCCUACCUUAUUAGUGUCGAUGCUACUUUCAUCACAUAUUGUACAUGUUCAUCAAACUUUUGGGAAGCUAGCUUGUGCUGUGCUUAACUUUGGGCAUCAAAACAGAGGGCCGUUGCCAAAAAUGUGUUUAACUUGUAGCUCAUCCAAUUCGAACGUGAUUAUGCCAAUAAUUACAUAGCCUUACUGAUGCCUGCUGUGGGCAACAACAGAGUAGAAUUCUGUAGAAAGUUGGUCACUUUCAAUUGAUAUCUCCAGUUCUAAUAGUAAAGCAGGCUUGGUCACUGAUCACCAAGUACAACCCUAAUGUUUUUAGAUGUAUACGGAAAUUCUCACGGUGUCGUUUAGCUUAAGGACCCCCUUGCAAAAAUGGAAACCUGGAAGUUGUAGUUGUCAGUUGUCCUGACUUCCAGCAGAUUACAUUUGAGACCAUAUUUCCAUUAAUAAUGACAACAUUCAUUCUCACCUCCUUCCCAGAAAGUCGCAUCCCUACUUAAAAAUAGAAACGCAUUAAUAUUUUUUUGUCUAUUUUCUGUUGUCAAGACUAAAAGUUGUCCAUUAUUUGACUUUCUUUAUUUUAUUUUAUUUUUGUUAAGUAGUUUCACAUUUAGUCUUGCGAAGAACACUUUAGUGUUGCAUGAUUGCACAUCAAUAGCCUUCCCUCAUUUCUUAACCAAAUAUAUUUGUUUCAUAUUUUUAAAAUUUUGGUUGAUAUAUCUUAACAUUAAGCCACCUUUCCCAAGUCUGACCUUUUCUAGUGUAAAUAGGAAAGACUGGCAAAAAAAUUGAAUAUAAAUUCAUUUUACCACAUUUCAGGGUUGCUUUGAAGGAUGAUUCCAUGGAGCUUUAUGGUGAUGUGCUCGGAUUGAAACUUGAGAGUAAUGGGAUCAGGGUCUUAGAACCAUUUGACACACGCGUAAAGUUCUCAAAUGUCUCGGGCAAAACAAACAUUCAUGCCUCGACUUCUGAUAUAUAUAUGAAUUUCUCCUUCAGCAGCCUUAAGCUGUUCUUGACUAUUCAGGAUGACAUAUUGGAAUUUAUGAGGAUGACAACCAAUAAAUUUUCAGUUGUCUGCUCACAAUUUGAUAAAGUUGGAACUAUUCAGAGUAAAUGACAUUGACCGUUUAAAACUUUUUCAUGGACCCAUUUUGUUUUACCUUGUUAUUCUGAAAUUUCAGGUUGAGUGUCAGUAACCAACUAUUCUUAUAUCGUACAGCUUGUCAGAGUGAGCAAACAUAUGCAUUCUGGAGGGCACGUGCACCACCUGGUUUUGCUGUUCUUGGGGACUGCCUGACACCCCUGUAUGUUUAACUUUUUUGAGCUUUUUCUCUCCGUGAAUUAUGUUCCAUAUUUUUUUUUCUGUUUCCCACUUGCUGCACAAGUAUGUCUUAAUAUUAAGCCUCUAACUACUUACAUCACUCUUAGAAACGAGCCACCUUCAAAAGGAGUCACUGCUGUUAAUACCAGCUUCGCAAGAGUGAAGAAACCUGUAUCAUUCCGACUCAUUUGGCCAUGUCCGGAAGUUGAUAAUGUUCAGGAAUAUAAAGGUGAAGGUAAGGGAAAUAACACCCCAACACGCUCAGGCUCAAAUACUGACAAAAGCAGAAAAGAAAGUGGCUGUUCUCUUUGGUUUCCAGUUGCACCCGAAGGUUAUGUUGCUGUUGGAUGUGUGGUUUCAACUGGAAGAGUCAAGCCAUCAUUGUCAUCCACUCUGUGUAUCUCGUCUUCUUUUGUCUCAAGUUGCUCUCUGAAAGAUUGCAUUUCUCUCCAUCUGUUUGAACCGUAUGUUACACGUGGUUUCACCUUAUUCAUUUUUUAUGGUAAUAAUUUGACUUGAAACUGACUCUUGAUUGCUAUCCAUUAUGUUCAGGCUCUCAACAAGUAUUGCAUUAUGGAGAGUUGACAACUCCUUUGGUUCCUUCUUACCUACAGAGCCUAAUAAUAUGAGUUUGAUUGGUAAAGGCUAUGACCUUCGUCAUUUGUGUUUUGGAUAUCCUGAGUUUCAAUCUAAGCCAUCAAUGGGUUCAGACGUGCAACCUGACUUUCAGUUAUCCGAACAAAUGGUUCAAUUGGAAAGAUCUCCAUUGCAAGCAUCUAGUCAACUCUUCGAACCUAUUUGUAGCUUUAGAUUAAUCUGGUGGAAUCAAGGUGCUCCAUCCCGCAAGAAGCUUUCGAUUUGGCGCCCAGUGGUACCCCAUGGCAUGGCUUAUCUUGGUGAUAUCGCUGUCCAAGGGUAUUUUUUUUACUAAAUCUUCGUUUUUGCUUUUGUUUCUCUCUUGUUGUUGUAGAAUUUUUCAAGUAUAGAAAUCAACCAUUCAUUCGCUUGUAACUUCAGGUAUGAGCCCCCAAACACAUGCGUUAUUCCUCGUGAUACAGGAGACAGUACAUUGCUUAAACCUGCUUGUGGUUUUCAACUUGGUGGUCACAUCAACAAGGAGAAAGGAGUCAUAAGUGUGUCUUUUUGGUUACCUCAAGCUCCCCCUGGCUUUGUUUCCCUGGGGUGCAUUGCGUCAAAGGGCUCACCAAAACAGGAUGAUUUAGGCUUAUUAAGAUGCAUACGCCAUGACUUAGUAACUGCGAGUGCUUUCCCUGAAGAAAGCAUCUGGGAUUCAUCUGAUACUGAGAGAGCUGCAGAACCAUUUAGUAUAUGGGGUGUCGGUAAUGAGGCAUGCACAUUUUUUGCCAGAAAUGGACUUAAGAGACCUCCAAAAAGAUUUGCUUUAAGGCUAGCAGAUCCAAGUGCAUCUAGUGGCGCAGAUGAUACUGCAAUCGUUGUAGAAAUGAAAACAUUCUCCGCAGCAGUUUAUGAUGAUUACGCAGGCUUGGUAAGAAUCUGAAUUAGAAUCCAUUCCAUCCCAGAUUCACUAUGUUUAUCUAUAAUUGAAUUUGCGUGUGUUACGAAAGAACAUCAGUUAAUUGCAAAUCUUCUGUAUGUAAUGACUCUUUUCACUGACUGUUGCGCAGAUGGUUCCUCUAUGCAAUAUUGGUUUCAGCCGAAUUGGGUUUAAUCUCUGUGGAAAACCUGGCUUUGUAAAUUCAACUUUGAGCUUUGCCUUGGCAGCAAGAUCUUAUAAUGAUAAGAUUGAUUCCUGGGAGCCGCUUGUUGAACCCAUUGAUGGAGUUGUAAGGUGAGGGCUCACUUAUUAUUUAUAUUUUCCUUAAUUCGUUCCAUGAGUUGUAUAUAGUCCAUCUCCUAGUUAUGUUAAUGUAACUAGUAACCGUAUCAUCUUACAUUUUUAAUCUGACAAUGUCAAAAUGACUGUAACUUAAUUAUUUUGUAGAUUGGAAAACGAGGUACCAAAAAUUUGUUAGAAAUGAUUUGGCUUCCUUGUUUUCGUAGGGGAAUCGUGGUGGAUUAAUUAUUAUAAGGAAAGGUUCAAGAUAAGCUCAGUGCACUAGUAUCACAGGGGAUCCAAAAGUUUUAUUUUGUCAUAAAGUUAAAUUUUCUCUGACAUGAAUUCUUGGAACACUCUUAUGACAAAACUGCAGGUACAAGUACGAUUCGCAUGCACCUGGUGCCUUUCCCCAGUUACGCAUUGUCACUACCAGGGAUCUCAACUUAAUUGUAUCUGUUUCAAACACUAACAUGAUUCUUCAGGCUUACUCGAGUUGGAAUAGCCUAAAUAGUUUCACUGGUCCUAAGAGAGUAUGUCACCUCUUUAGACCCCUCUGGUUAUUAGAACGCGUAUUGUAUUAUGUGUCAAAAAACCUUAUUUAUUCACUUGUUUCAUUAUUUGCAGGCAAUAAUUUCUCCAACAUAUGAAGGGAGAUCUGUCAUUGAUUUUCGUCGCAGAAGAAAUUAUUUCAUUAUUCCUCAAAACAAGCUUGGUCAAGACAUAUAUAUAAGAGUUACUGAACGUAAAAGGUUCUCCGACAUUAUUAAGAUGCCCUCAGGAGAUAACAAGCUUGUAACUGUACCAGUAUCAAAAAAUCUGAUGGAUUCUCACCUGCAGGGAAAGCACAGUCAAAUAUCCCGUUGUUUGGUGACAAUUAUUGUGGCAGAUGCUGAGGUUUGGAGGCUAGCUUAUGAUAUUUAAAGACGACUUAUUUCUUUAUUUUGUUGUGGGUUUAAACCGUACUUACAGAUAUUCAUUGGUCGAGGCUUGAUGAUAAUCAUUAUUUAUUUGUUCCUUUUUACCGCAUUAUAACAUAGUUAUGAAAUCUUGUCCAGCAACCUUAUUCAAUAAGAGGGAUAAUUUACUAAUUUUUUUUCUGAAAUAUCGUUGAAUUCUGGAGAUAUUUCUUCUUUGUCCAUUGCAAAUAUAAGAAAGGAAGGUGACUUUUCACGAUUAAAUUUUUGAAUGGUAUUUAAUUAGUCAAGAUUUAGCAAAUUUAGCUAUGAUUAGGUUUGAGUUUUCUUAAAAGUUGAAUACUGAAACUCUAGAGACUUAAGCUGAAGGAAAAAGGUAUGUUUCUUUAUUGUUCACUGCCUUCAGUAUCCUUAAUUUAUCUGAAUUUUAGACUCACGAAUUUUCCUGAUUUAAUGUUGGGCUCAAUGAGAACGUUAAUACUUGAUUAUUUUGGCAGGUAGUCUUGGUUGAAGAGAUAUUCAUCCUUUUUUUUUUUCCAUGAUGGAAAAUUUGGUGGUCAUGGCAUGAUGCAAAAGAUAAAUUUGCUAGAGAUAUGGGAGAAGAACUGGUUAAAAAUAGUUAUUGAAAACCUGUGUGAUAUGAAGUUUGUAUCCUAGAAUGUAGUCUGUAAAGAAACCAAACGAGAACAAGGACCAUGGAUGUGAAAUGAGAUUGGUUUCUGUAUUGUCAGGAACCAACCCACAUUCAGAUUAGAUGGGAUCAGAUCAAAUAGGAUGAUCAAAAGGGAGAAAUUCAUUUGAUUGAAAUUUAUAAGGAUUUGAAGUGUUUAUAAAAAAAGAAUACCUCUAUCUUUGCUACCGAAGCAAAGUGAAAUCAGCUGAAUCCUAGCUGAUUUUUCUCUUUUCCUUGAAUUUCAAGAGCCAUAAGUUUUUUCCUCUAUUGAGGAUACCUGAUUUUGACCUGAAAUGGUUUAUGUAGAUGAGAACCAACUUCAUCCCUUAACCAUGGAUGAGAAGGGAUGGAUAUUUAUGGGCCUUUAAACUUUUAAAACAAGAGGAAAAUGUGUAGCAGUAUGUUAUUUCUGCUAUAUCAUUCUUUAAGUGGCACAAGGUUUGUGAUAAAGCAACAUGAUAGGGGGUCCAUCUUGUAAGCUAAUGCUCAACAACGUGGUCAGAAUAAAAGACAUUUGGUAAACUAACUGUAAAUAUGGCGGAGCUUAGUGUGUAUCCAUGAGAUUUGAACCAGUGAGAGAGAAAAAUCACUGAGAAAAAGAAAUACAGUAUUAAUAAACUGAAUUUAGAAAAAAGGAAUAGAUCAAGUUUCCAAUGAUUAAGGUUCUCUAGGAGUAAGUCGAAGACAGUCAUAGUGUAGACACCUACAUCUCAACGACAGAGAUUCAGCAUAAUCAAGAGACAUUGAAAAGACCUUAUUCAAAGAGAUGAACCAUUGAAGUACGUACACUUAAUUCUUAUGCAAGAUAUCAGCAGGAAAAUUUUAAUCUCUGAAUGGAAGUAAGACCUCCAGUUGAAGGUGAAACCUGUUGUUCUCUUUGAUAGUACAAGGAUUUUUUGCUCCAGCCAUACGUAUAUCUUAUCACUACUGUGAACUCACCAAUUGAAUUCUCAUUUGUUUCCAUUAUCUAUGAAAUAGAAAUAUGUGAUCAAAAGUUUCAUACUUCUUACUUAGUUACAAUCCGUUCUUAAUUCAUAAUACUAACAUACUUGGUCCUCUCUUUCCAUCCCCCUAGACAAUGCUUCAUUUUGAGAAGAUAUUUUAAAUGCAUCUGUCCAUCCUAUCUCUUGCUGAAGGUCACAUAAUAAUGGUUGUUUUGUUAGCACAAUAUAAAUUUAAGGGAAGCCAAACCUUUAGACCAAGCUCUUGAAAAAAUAUUGUUGACCAUAAAAGCUCUGACAAAGUCAUGGCCAUUUGUCUUUCACUUCUCUAUGUUACCAAAUUAUUCCGAAGUUGUGCAAUAUCCAAUGGUGGAUGUCUUGUCAUCCUGGGACUUUGUCCAAGCUACAUCUGUAUAGCCUAAAUUUUCAUAUUGUUAUAGUUGGUAUAUAGAAUCCCUUAUUUGGGACAUGAGUUUAUAUAUAUUAAAAUGAGCUCUAAAGACUUCAUAUAGGGUGUUCUUGGUAUGGUCAUGUGCUGAUUGACCACACCUGCUGCAUUAGUUUUUCAGUUCUUGUGAAUGUAAGGUAUAGCAACUCACAGGCCUCUGCUAUUUUUCUUCCUUUUUCAAAUGGGCGUUUUCUUUCUUUUGUGAUCUCCCCGUAAUUCAUUUAUAUUGGUGUAUUACUAACUUACACCGUGAUUUUCCCAUUUCUUUCAACAAAUCUAUGGUUUCGUCAUCUAGCAUAUGUAGGUCCCCUAUACAAACAGGGCUCAAGAAAGCCCAUUGCUGGUAGCAUGAGAGAACAGUUUUAAAGUUUUUUAUGUUACAAUAUCAUGUCUAGUAAAAGAACUGUUAUUUUUAAAAUCAUUCUUGCCACAAAUCAAGAAGGCAUAAUCUGUUUGUAUUAUAAACUUGUUAAAUAGACAGGGUUUGGCCGUUUCUUCGCCAGCUUUUUAAGGCAUACCUCACCCCAGGCUUUUUAAGGAAUAUUUGACGUCUAAUUUUCAAUUACAAAGCUUCUUCUCUUCUUCCUUUAUACUUGCCACACCAAGAGAAGUAUAACGUGAUUGACAUCAUGGAAACAUUGGUAGGGAACUCUGCAGAAAUUAAACCAAUAUGGGGAAACUCUGCAGAAAUUAAAUAGAGAUUUUUGGGUUAUCACACUGGCUUUCAUGAUCUUAGCUUCCCUCGGUUGUACUCUCCAAAAAAGCCUUAGAUGCCUCUUAAAGAGCUUGGACGUGUCCUUCUCUCCUUUGACGCCUUAAGUUCCAAGAAUCCUCAGGUACAUGAUCUCCUUUUGACGAUCUCAAGGUUCUUUGGUUGCAAUAUCAUGAAGAAACAUCUGGAGAAUAAGAAAGAGAGGGAAAACAAGAGAGAGAUAUGUAGAGAUUGAGAGAGAGAGAGAGAUGUGUUAUAUAGGCCCUUAAGAUGGAAGUUUCGGGUUCAGCCAAGUAGGAAAGGUUUCGAAAAACCUAUUUAUUGUUCGUGUGAACACUUGCAUCUCAUCAUCAGCUAAUUGAACAAUGUGUUUUAUUAAUAAUUAUUUUCUCAUACAAAGCUAUUCAAUUAGUAACUAUGCUUGCUCAUUUAUGUUCUUGAAAUUAUUUUCGUUAUAAGGACAAAUUUACUCUAAUAUGAAAACUUAGAUGACCAUCUAGAACUGGAAUCUAUUCUCAGAUACAAACGUUUCUUCCUUACACAAAAAAAUUGAAUAUAAUGAGUUUCUAGCUUAUGUCUGUUGCGAGUCUAGCGAUACCAGUGACAGAAAAUAAAAUCCAUCAAGAAACAGAACUAUGUGGAGAUGAGAAAUAAUUUUUGAUUUGAAAAAUCUGACUCACUUGGCUCAUAGAAUCCAGCCAAUAUGGCCUUCAAGAUUCAAUCUCUCCACCUCUCUAAUUUGACUCUACAGAUCCGACUAACUGUCGAUCUCUUUUGUUGUUCCUCCAAGAACAGCCAAGCUCUGAUUUCUUUCACUGUUCUUCCGAAACAGCCAAGCUCAUGUUUCAGGUACCUCUGAGAACAGCCUGACUCGAGCGCAAGAGGAGACAACAAAAUAUUUCCUUGUGUUGAAGAUCAAACUAGAUCCGGUGCGCUGGAAAGACCACCCUCACGCCUGUGGAGAAAACUUGAAGUUCAAACAGAAAUGACAUUUUCUCACCUUCAAAGGAUAGUUUACAACGUGGAGGGGUCUGGUAUUUAUACCAGACCCUGGAAGGUUCUAGACACCUAUAGCUGAAAACAGAAUAAGGGAUUCUGUCGACAUGACACGUGUGAAGGUGUAAGAGGAACAAGAGGGUCUUCGGAAUGUUUGACACAGCCAUAAGUGGUAUCAACACAUUCCUCAGCAAGUAUCCAUAAUUUCCAAAAAAUAACCAGCUCUCCUCGGCAUUAUGUCUCCCGUCAACUCCUUGCAAGAGAAGGGGGAGGAGACAACCACCAAGAACAGGGCCACGAACAGAAAGAGGGAAAACAGAAAAAACUGUUUAAUUCGAAUGCCCUGUAUUGGGCUACACAACUGAAUUGUUCUCUCUCUCUUCUGACAAGAGAAUUACAGAAACGCCCUUUUAAAAAUGUCUAAAAGAUAUCUCACGUUUGGAGCCUUCUACUCCUCUGUUAUUGGGCCUGUGCACAGCCCAGAAAGCCUCAUACAAUCCGUUUCGUUGAGCCUAGUUGAGAUAUGACUCAGAUCUCAACAAUGUCAUCAAAUUAUAUUUUAAUACAGUUUAUUCUUAUGAUCCAUUUCUGUUCUUCAAAUAUUAAAAGCAUGACUUAUUACCUUCUCAGUUGAUUGAAAUUCCCUCAUGUUCACUUCAUGAUUUUUUCUCUGUUAAAGUGUAUAGUUCCCAUUAAAUUAACAUCGUAUUCAAUUUAAUUAUAUUUCGUGCUCUGUGUUAAUAUAUGAGAGCACAAGAAAAUAUUUGCUGUUUCACGCAACCAAAAAGUACCUGGUUUUAGCAUUACCAUGUCUUAGAAUACCUUCGUAUCUGCUGAAGAUUAAACAUGCCACUCUUCCUCCGUGCAGUUUCCUUAUGUUGAAGGGAUAACCACUGGAAUAUAUGCGGUAUUAGUCCGAAAAAUUCACAAAAACCCAAAUGAAUCAUCAUUGCAACAACCAAGUGUCAGAACAUGUGGUGCCAUGUCAGAACAUAUUUCAUCUGGGCUGGCUUUGGUGGAAUGGAAUGAGGUCUUCUUUUUCAAAGUUGAUGACGUGGUAAGUGACCAUUUAUUUCAUUUUUUAUUAAAAUAAACUUUAUGCUCCUCGAUUUGAUUUUUUGAGAUAUGGUAAAAGUCUUAUCCCUUUCUUGCAAGGAGACAAUUAAUUUAUGAGCAGCUAGACCACCACACUAGUGAUCAAUGUUGGAUGUUCUUCAUAUGCACAUUUCAGGUGAAGUCUAAAAAUGUUUAUAAAAGAAACCCAUUAUGUGGGAACUUAAAAUCCAAUGCUUAGACUCGGUGCUGUCAGUGAAGAUGUGCUUAAACCUUGGAAACUUAACCGAAGUCUCAACCCAACAAAGCGACCCACCCAUUUCAGUUCCUAGAUUUUAUUUUAGGAAUAAACAUAAAUUUGAAUAUGUUUGUGAUACAUCGACAAAUAGUAUGAUUCUUUUUUAAAUAAUUGAUCCAUGUUCUUUUUUCUAAUCUGAGGUAUUUUUGAAUACAAGACUAAGACUAUUUUUAUUACAGUAAAGUAUUCAACAGUUCCAGCAUAACCUAUUCUACGACUAGAUUGUGAUAAUGCGAGAAAGAUAUUGUAAAAAAAAAUCUUCCUUUGUGCGUCUUCCCUUCUUUGUGAGUUGCAUAGAUAUAGAGGUUAGACAUUAUGCAUUUCGUCCCUAGACUCAAGCUACAAACUCUGGCUGCUUAAACGAGGGUACACUCUCUGCUUAAUUUAAAUACGUGGCUUCAAUUUACAAUUUAUCCAUGUGCUCAAGAAUUGUCUUUGACGUUAUUUUGCUCACAUCUUUCAUUUUUCUCAGUAGGACAGAUUAUUACAUUUUUCUUUUAUUUUUUGUAGAGAGAUUCUCGCAUGAAAUUUUUAAACAUACUGUCAAACUUUUCUAAAAUUUUAAUAGAUGCUCUCUUUUGCAACAAAGUAGUUUUAUUAAUUGGAUAGUCCUUCCUCACCUGUAGUCACAGAAACACAUCAAAGUUUGCCCCCUGAGUUUGAAAUUUUCAUGCUUUUCCUAACCUUGAGGCUUUAUUAAUUGUGUUCCUCAUUGCGAUCAUUUGUUUUUAUCUAUCCCUCGUUAUUUCACCGUUUUUGUAGGUGAUAAGCAUAUUAACUUAUUAUUUAUUACCAAAAUUCGAAUGAUAGUUGUGACCUUGACUGUUUGAUCCCUAGUUUUCAUAAAUUCCUCUGCUCUCAAUAUUUGUGGCAAUGAUAUCUCAUGAUUCUGUAUAUUGGAAACAGGAGCAGUACAUGGUCGACUUCACUGUCAUUGACAUGGGAAAGGGUAUCAUAUUUACAUUUUCGUGUGUUAUAUUUUCACUCAUGCGUUUAUUUCUUUAACCUUUGCUUAAGAAACACACCCGUUAAUGUCAGACGAACCUGUUGGAUCAUUUUCUGCCCCUUUAAAAAAGGCAGCGCUCAAGCUUCAUCCCAAUUCAAGAUUACGUUGGCCUGAUAACAGUUUUCACUGGGGAGAACUCUUUUCCAAAAAGACAACGGUGAAUAGUUUUUCCUAUUGUGUAGUAUUUUUAUUUAAACAUGGUUUCCUGCAUCGGUUUCUUUUCAUGCCUUCAUUCAACCUAUAAUUCUGAUUUCAUGUUCCAUCUAUAUUGGUGAAUGGAAGCUACAUAUAUUUUGAUGUGAUUUGGCCAAAAAUAUUCUCUAGAAUAUAUUUAAAUUAUAAUUUUUUAAAAUGCCAUUCUCAUCUUGUUUCAGGUUUCUGAUUUGAACAAAAAUUUGAAGUCAUCUGGGAGGAUAAGAUUUAGCGUACUCCUCCAAGAGAGAUCUGAAGUUGUAAAUCAUGGAAAAGGCACUAGCAGUGGCAGUAAUGGCUUUAUACAGAUCAGUCCUACUAGAUAUGGACCAUGGACAACUGUAAGACUGAAUUAUGCUGCACCUGCAGCAUGUUGGAGGUUGGGAAAUGAUGUCAUUGCAAGUGAGGUAAACGUCCUCGAUGGUAACAGGUAUGUGAACAUACGAUCCCUUGUCUCCGUCACUAACAAGACAGAUUUUGUUAUUGAGUUCCGCCUGAAGACUAAGGCUUCUGGUGAAGAUCUUGUAACAUUAGAUACCAGAAUUGAGAAAGAUCAGGAUUCACGUCACAGUGUCAUACGUGAGACCGAUGAAUUAUUUGAAACAGAGAACUACAUAUCAUCCGUUGGUUGGGUUGGUAGUUCUAGUCAGAUGCCAUUUUCUGAUCAGCCUACACAGAGCGUUAUGGAAGUGAGUUCUUUGGUAUUAUAUUAUUUUCCUUUCGAGCAGAAUCAAUCCAUUAAGUAAUAGACAGAUCAUUGAAAUGUCAGUCAUAUUUACUUUGUAUAAAUUCUCGAAUUAUCAUACUUAUUUAAUAUUCAACCUAACUAUGAAAAGUUCCAUGGAAAUAAUCACAUGAAUUAGAACUAGGUUAGAAAUUAUUAUUAGUUUCUAUAACACCAUAUUGAAAUUUUUAUUUAAAACUCUUUCAUCAAGCUUCCCUUUUUUGUUGUAAUUAUUCAGAUCAUUAUGUGUGGUCCCAUCAAUCUCGAUUGUGUUGGGCUUCUAGCUACUGGCGCAUUGCUUGAUAUAGUAGCUCUGAUAGUCUGUGUUCAUACAUUCUUUCCAGCUGUGUUGCGAGUUAAGAGGUCUUACCAUUUAUAAGUGUUAGAGUCUAACAUUCAAUUGUAUUUAAUUUUGAAGAUGACUUUAUCUGUUCCUGGGCUAUGCAUCCUGUUUUUGUUGUCCAUGACUUCUUAAAAUAGGUAUAAAUCGUCAUUCAUGAAGUGAAGAGGCUUCUUAAAAUACCCACACAUUAAAAGGGACCAAGCAAUUUUGCAUCUAUAUACUUGAUCCAAUUUUUAGCUAAUGAUUAGUAUACUUCAAAAAAAAAUCCAUUAAUUGAAAAUGUGUGGUCUAUAUUAAAAUAAUUGAUAACUUAAUAGCCAUAUGUAAAUUUAGUGGUACAUUCCGAGUACUGUGUUCCCCAAUGCUUUGUGAGAAAUUCAGAAAGAUUUUUUCAUUUGUAAUGCAUUGCAUUGGAACGGUAUAUUACAUUGUAUAUCAUGUAAAUGGCAGCACAUAUGGAAAAGCAAUGUAGUACGUAGGUGGAACUGACUGAUCACAGAUGAAGGGAAGGACUAAUACGCAAACACUAAACAUGCCGCUCAUUCAGUCUUAUUCAUCUUGCCUGUCAAAUGUGAUCGCCACCCAACUCUUUUCAGUACCAUUUAAGUUCUAGCUAAAUAAACAGACUGUCUUUCCUGGUAUAAAUAAUUGAUGCAUCAUCAUACUGAUGAAGGAAUUUUCUUAACCAUAUUUAUAAGAUUAUGAUUGGGUUUUCUGGGUUCAUGAGACGACCUUAGAACACGUGGCAGUUGAAGCUAUGGAAUUUGGUACUAAAUCCAAAUACGGACUCAGUUGCAGGAAUGGGUAUUUGAUAUCAUUCUAUAAUUUAAAAUCUACAAGGGACUCAGGUGAUAUCAUUUUGGAAACUAAAGUUACUAUUUCUAUCGAUGAUAUUGUAAGAGAAGACGAAAUUAUGCUAGAGUUUUCUUAAACUUAUUAUCCAAGUUUAGAUGUGAAUAUCCUCCCAUGAUAAAACGUUAUCGUUAAAUCAAUACUUUAUUAUAAAUGGUUUGAUUUCAAUGGUUCCUAUUAUUCAAUGAUUUUCUCGAAAUUGUAGAUUAUUUCAUGUCUAUACUACAUUUGCUUGUGAGUUAUGAACAUGAUAGAAAUGUACACCUGUUUUUAACUCCAAAGUUUCUGUGACAUAGGAAAUGUUCACUGUGGACUUACCAGCUGGAUGGGAGUGGGUUGACGACUGGCAUGUUGACAAUUCAUUAGUAAGUAAUCCAGAUGGGUGGGUUUAUGCUCCUGAUUCGGAACAUCUUAAAUGGCCAGAGUCUUUCAGUCCUGAGAUUUCCUCAAACAAUGCCAGACAAAGGAGAUGGAUCAGAGAUAGAAGAACAGUUUCAACUGAUUUACAGACUUUUAUGUUACUUGAAUUAGUGAAGCCUGGCGAAACUCUUCCUCUUCCUCUUCAAUGCCUGGUUCAUCCUUUAUCGCCUUAUCAUUUGCAGUUAAGGCCAAAGGAUUCCAGUGAUCUGACUGAAUAUGCGUGGAGUAAGGUAUUGAGUAAAUAUGAGCAUACUGAGAGUGAUGGAAAUAAAGAAUUUUCAGAAAUCUGUGUCUCGAAACUUAAUAAAUCGGAGGAACUUUUGUACUGCAUGCCAACCAGUGGAAAUUCUUCGGACGGUCCUCAGGCUUUGUGGUUUUGCUUAAGCAUACAGUCCUCAGAAAUCAAGAAAGAUAUUCAUUCAGAACCAAUACAUGAUUGGAAUCUAGUGGUCGAUUCUCCACUUUCCCUCACUAAUUUUCUUCCUCUUUCUGCUGAAUAUUCGGUUCUCAAUGAGGAAUCAAAUGGCGAUUUUGUUACACGCCAGCGAGAUACUUUUAAGCCUGGUGAAACUUCCAAGAUUUAUAAUGUUGAUCUAAGAGAGGCUUUAUAUUUAUCACUCGUUCCACGAGGAUGGGAGCAUAUAGAUGUAAUGUUUUUCAAUUUCGUCUUUAGUACAUGUAGCUGCUUUAGUUCAAUCUCUUGAAGUGUGUUUACCUCUUAUUAAUAGUUCCACUUUUCUAGGUUCCUGCUCUUGUGUCUCACCCAAACAGAAUCCCAGCCAAAACAAUAAGUCUAAGAAGUUCCUUCUCUGGAAGGUGAUCAUUUUCAAGAUUUAAAUAAUACUCUGCUUUUUUAAUUCGUAAAAAUAUGUUCACAUUCAAUUAAAUGAUACUUUAACUGUACGACAACUUUGAAAAAUCCACAGGGUUGUCUCAGUCAUUCUUGAGCAAAGCCAUGAGAAAGCCCAGCUGCAAUCAAGGCUGAUUAGAUUAUACGUUCCUUAUUGGAUUUCAAGUGAACGAUGCCCCCCUCUAAUUUAUAGGAUCGUGGAUAUAUCAAAAAGAAGAGAAAGAAAGCUGUUUACAUUUACUUCUAAACAGGAAAGUGAGAAAGUUGUCUUGCAGAUCACAGAAGAGGAACUGGAUGAAGGAGAUACUAUCAGUGCUCCAUUAAACUUUCAGCGCCUGGGUCUAUGCCUAUCGCUGGGAACACCAGGCAGAGAAAAAUUUGGGCCAAUAAAAGACCUGCUUCCUCUCAGUGAUAUGGUAAAUGCUUUUUAGCCAUUUUUUCUCCAUUUUUCGAAAAUGGACUCAGAAUCAUCUCUAACAGAAGUUCUUGAUCAGGAUGGUUCUGUAGAUCUUUUUGCGUAUGACAUAGAUGGAAACUGUACUAGGGUUUUGAUUUCCUCAAAACCAUGCCGUUACCAGGCUGUUCCUACCAAGGUAAUAGAAAACCAAUAUUUUCUGGAAUAUCAACAAUUCAGGAUAUAUUUUUCAGGAAAUUAUAAUAAGUAUAAUUGUAUUUACUUUCUUUUCAGGUAUUGUCCGUACGUCCAUAUAUGACAUUCACAAAUAGGGUUGGUCAAGAUAUUUUUAUAAAAUUUAGUGCUGAAGACCAGCAGAAAGUUUUACAUGCCUCAGAUUCAAGAGUUUCUUUCAUUUACUCUGAAAUGGGGGAAGCAGAAAAGCUCCAGGUAAUCCUCAAUGAUUAUUGAUCUUGAAUAUUUGUUGCCCUUACUAGAUGUGCGAAAAGUUGUCUUUUCAUAGUACACAACCUAGUGAAAAAUAGAUUAUAUUUGGAGCUACAGUAUGGAAGAAAAAAUUUUAAAGUUUCAAACAUGUUCCCGUUACCACUAUGAUUGAGUCCAUAGUCUUUAGGUCACACACAAGUUCUCCACGAUUUCAUUUCUCACCAUGUUUUAAUGCGCAAUAAAUGAGCCAAUUAGGUUUAUGUCACCACGAGAUUUUUCAGCUCUGUACGUGAUUAAAAUUAUAUUUUCUUUCAAAGGUUCAAUACGAAAUUAUUGUUCAGUGUCAACAGAAAAACUGUGUGGUUUAUGGUGUUAAUGUUUGCAGUUCAUAUUGAAUCAUAUCCUGCAAUUAUCAAUUAUGAGCAAAUAAUGUCAUCGGUUGGCAAGAAUUUUUCAAACGUUGAAGUUCAAGAUCUAACGUGAUUAGAUGUUGUAAAUUUCAUCACCAGAACUAUUGCAAUUUGUGCCUUGUUUUUAUUAGUCAGUUGGGCAGCGUAAUAUUGAAUAUUGAUGAUAUGGAGGAGGUUAUGGCCAUUGAGAACGUAGGUUAUUACACUGAAUUUGGUAUUUUGAUAAAAUCAUAAAAUUUAGAGGUACUUUUAUCUGCAAAUAAUUCUCUAGACAACAGCCAACCAGACGAAAUUUAUUUGUGAUUCAUUGUUUUGUAGAGGUGUACCAACAUAAUCUCCCAGCUUUUUUAUGAAUGGGCCAUAGGCCCAUCUAAAGUUGAAUCAGAAAUGGGUAGCUACUUUUGCCAUGAGAUUUGAAUCAUUUAUUAAAGUUGGAAAACUAGAGCUACCCAAAUCCAUAUUAUUUUCCAGAUGGUUGUUCCAAAGGCCCAUCUAAUGCCAUUAGUAGCCUAAAUGUCGUAAAUAUUCUUCUACUUUAUUUUGUGUAAGAACUAAACAACGGGCCACCAUUGUUUCAGUAAAGAUCUCUAAUAUCUGAAUAUCCAUGGAAAUCCUUAUGUAUACAUAUAAUUAUUUUUUUUAUGAAUUAUAGGUCCGAAUGGAAGAUACAAAUUGGUCCUUUCCUGUGGAAAUUCUGAAAGAGGAUACAAUCACAAUAAUGUUGAAAAAUUGCAAUGGUGACCGGAAUUUUUUGAGGCUUGAAAUACGUGGUUAUGAAGAAGGAUCACGGUUUCUAGUUGUGUUACGUCCUGGGUCAGCUCGCUGUCCAGUAAGGUAUUUUCCCGUUAUUAAAAAUACCUUUAAAAGUUGUUUUAGGUCACUGUUUGGUCUCAGCCGCCCACAGUAAAUAAUUUAGAUGCAUAUCCAUUAGUGGCGCUAUCAUGAGCAUUGUUGCAAAAUUAAUAUGGGUUUUCUAUUUUCCUGCUUGUUUCAGGAUUGAAAACCGGAUAGCUAACAUGAAGAUCAACAUUCGGCAGUCAACCUUGGGUGAUGAUGCAUGGGUCACAAUAUAUCCGCUUUCAUCUAUAAAUUUUGCAUGGGAAGUUCCUUAUGGUCCCAAUCUUAUGGAUAUUUGUUUGCAAAAUGGAAAUAAUAUCAUUUUUCAGAAUAUCAGCUUGGAGAAUGCUACAGAAUGCUAUGCUGAUUUACGUAAAGAAGGCUUUGAUUUUCAUUUUACAGAAUGUGGUGAUAUAAGGAAUGUUCGCAUAAUAGAUAUUAAAAAGGAUUUAACAGAGCUUUUGGAUGAACAGCCUACCAAUGACUCAAUCAGCAAUGGAAACGGUCCAUCCUUUGUCGAAAAAAUGAAGACUACUGCCCCACCUGUAGAGCUUAUAAUUGAGCUAGGCAUUGUAGGCAUUUCUUUGGUUGACCAUAGACCAAGGGAACUAUUGUAUCUCUCCCUGGAGAAAGUCUUCGUUUCAUAUUCCAGUGGUUAUGAUGGAGGAACUACCAGCAGGUAUAGUUUUUAUCUAUUUAAUCGAUAUUUAUUUUAUAAAAAUGGACAUUUAAAAGCAUUUAUGUUUAUUUACUGAGUGUUCAACGAAAGCUACACAAACAGAAAUCUUUUUAAACGGGUACUCUCGGUAAGUCCCUAAAGCUGAUUGACAAGCCUCUCUAGUUUUUUCACCUAUUUUCAUAUAUCCCCGAAACUACUGAAGGACUUGGUUUCUGGUCGUGUUCUUAAUAUCAAUAGGUUACUCUCAUAUUUCCAUAGUCAAAACUCAAAAGAAGCUUGCUUAUCUGCAAUAACUAUUUGUCUCCAAUGUUAAAAAAAAAUUCUCCAUCACGCUCUCCCUCCCUCCUCAAGUGGGCUUCAUCCCCACAUGGCAGCCCACCUAUGCGCCUCCCUCCCUCCUUCCAAUCUGCCCGCACCACCUGCUACUUCCCCCUUGUAGGCUUCACCCAUGGUGACUCCAUGCUUCCUGACCUCCUCUGCCCCACUUCCCUCAUGAAGUCCCCACCCCUUCUAGAAGCCUCCCUCCUUCCUCCCUGUAUUGUGGGAACCUUGCUUAUCUGUAACAACUCUUCGCUAUCAUCAAAUAGUACCCCUUCCCAACCCCACCUCUUGCCUGCAAGCCUCUAGCUGCAGAUUGGUGGUAUUCCCGUGGUUGGGUGGGUCAGUCUCAUGUUACACUUUGGCUAGUGGUACUGAGUUUAAAUCUCGAGGAAAGGAAAACAGGUUGUCGUUUUCUAAAGUAUAUUUAGUUUAAUUUAAAAAGGUCAAAUAUUUAACUUGUUUUCGGAUGGAACUAUAAUCAGAGUGCUAAUAAACCAAGAUUGUAGUAUUUUCAAAUGUUUUAUGACGAAGUUGAAAAACAUAGGGAAUGUGGAGGAAAAACAUCCCCACACUCGGGAACAGAAGGGUUUUAUGUGCUUCAGCCAUAUGCCAAUAUCCAUGGCUGUGCCAAGGUUAUCUUUUAGGUUUACAAAAAGGAGGAACCCAGGCCACUUCUGAAUAAACAGUGAUUAAGAAGUAUCAGUGUCCCCCAAAUGACAGGAACACCCUACAGACCGUGGGUAAAGGUUAUGGCCCCAAAGCCGAAAUACUUGCCAGAGGAGGUGGUCUCUAUGUGAUUAUUUGUAUCCAUUUCUAUUCGAAUGAAUACCUGAUUAUUUUGCUUUCUUGCAUACGCCGCAUUGGUGUCUCUUAAAUUUUUUUAGAGAAUUUCACUAAUUAUUUUUGCUCAACUCCGAAAUAUGACACGUUUCACGGGGUUUCACUGCAAUGUGUUGAUUUUUUUUUCCAGGUUUAAGCUCAUUGUUGGUCAGUUGCAGAUAGAUAACCAGCUUCCAUUAACUGUGAUGCCAGUUUUUUUUAUGCCUGAAUACACGGCUGAUGUGGGCCAUCCUGUCUUCAAAGCAACUAUAACAGUGAGCAAUGAGAAUAUCGAUGGAACUCAAGUCUAUCCAUAUGUAUAUAUUCGGGUAAUUCUUGAAGCAUCAGAUCAGUCAAGCCAUCGUAUUUGAUAAUCUUUUUCGCAUCAAGUAACAUCUAUUUUUUUGUUUAGGUGACCGAAAAUUACUGGAGAGUUAACAUUCAUGAACCUAUAAUUUGGGCGUUAGUUGAUUUCUACAACAAUCUCCAGAUAGAUCGAGUCACAAAUGCUUCGAAUGUCACUGCUGUUGAUCCAGAGAUACGUAUAAAGUAUUCUACUUCUUACCUUGGAACUGACGUUCACUUACCAGUUUAUCUAGUUCAUGCAUCAUUUACUACAUUUAUUAGUUAAUUGUCUUCCAAUAACCAAUCAUUUAUAUUGCACUGGUUUACCUUACAAUAAAUCCCGUAACCAUGCUAAUGCUGGUAGAUGACGAAUCUCUUUUGCGAGUGAUUAAUAAUGAUUUUUUUUCGGAGAAGAUAAACAGUCUUUUAAAUGUCUUUAUCUUUUCCACGGCUCAUAUCAUCAUGCAUAGUGGAAUGUAAAGUGGAAUCUUUCACUAUCAGUUUUAAAAUAUUAGUUCAGCAUUGCGAUCUUGAUUUCUACCAGCAUAAGGCUUCUGUAAUCGAGAUGUUAAAGAGUUGUAAUUCCUUUUAGCGACACUCCGAUCUUGACUUGCCUCCCUUUUUAUUUCCUUUCAGCCAAAUAGAUGUCUCAGAGAUGAGAUUCAAGGUGUCACUAGAGACGGCACCAACCCAAAGACCACAUGGUGUCCUUGGCGUGUGGAGUCCAAUAUUAUCUGCUGUUGGAAGCGCUUUCAAAAUCCAGGUUACUACCAUCUUCCCUCUUCACAGGCUGAACGUGGUUUUUAAGGCUAAUUGUGAGGAAAGUUGUUUAAUAAUUUCCUGCGUCCAAAAUUGAAAACCACCAUGGAUCUUCUUUAAGCGUCAGUAUAUGCUUUAUUUAAACAGAAGGAAACUUACCCCUGUAUCAGUAUUGUACUAUUUUCAGUUCUUUGGUUGUUUCAUCAACUUUAAUGUCUCGUUUAACUCGCACAGAAACAGAUUUCUGUCAAUUCACCGGACAAGAGAUUUCCAAUAUUUAGAAACAAUGUCCAGCCAUGCUGUUAAAACGAUAGACUAAUAUAUGCACCUCCAAGCUUGACUUAUUUUUUUAUCCUGGUCUUCAGAUCCGUCUUAGGAAAGUCAUGCAUCACAACAGGUUCAUGCGCCAAAGUGCAAUCGUUCCCGCCAUUAUCAAUCGUGUUAAGAGGGACCUCAUCCACAACCCUCUACAUCUAAUACUUUCGGUUGAUGUUCUUGGCAUGACGAAGUCAACUUUGGCAUCACUUAGCAAAGGUUUUGCUGAGCUCUCGACAGACGUACAGUUCUUGCAGUUACGUUCAAAGCAGGUAAUCAUUUCCCAUCUCUCAUGUACAUUAUGUUGGUAUUUGAGUCAGGUAUUGAACAACUCAGAAACAUGGCAAGCCCUGUUAAAGAAGUUUGUACUUGUUAAUUUGUUUUUUAAGUCACCAUUAAAUUUUUUCAUAUUUUAGAAUUAUUUCAGAUCAUAUUAGCAAUAAACCCAUGAUAAAUCAUUCUUCCUGAUAAUUCAGUGAUUCCCAAACCUAAAAAUGUGGCAUAACCCUGUGAACAAUUUUAUCUGACUCUUCUCAUGUUUUCUUUAAGGUUUGGUCAAGGAGAAUUACUGGUGUUGGUGAUGGAAUCAUCCAAGGGACAGAAGCUCUGGCACAGAGUGUGGCUUUUGGGUUCUCUGGCGUCAUAAAAAAACCUGUGGAAAGUGCAAGAGAGCAUGGUGUACUGGGACUUCCUCAGGGCCUCUUGCGGGCCGUUCUAGGUGUUGUCGUCCAACCGGUUAGUGGUGCGCUGGAUUUUGUUUCAUUGACUGUUGAUGGGAUUGGUGCUAGCUUCACCAGAUGCCUAGAGUUCUUGAGUAACAGAUCUGCUUCAGAAAGAAUCAGAAACCCUCGUGCUAUUCGUGCCAAUGGUUUACUUGCAGAGUACUCUGAAAGAGAAGCAACCGGCCAGGUAUUAUUUUGUUCCACGCGUUCUAUUAUUUCUUAGACUGAUAAAAAAAAUGUGUUCAAGGCAAGAUUUUUACCAAGUAUUAUGAUAAACUUCAAAUUGAAAUGCCUAAUUCUUUUUUUGAGUAUAAGAGAUUAUGCACUGAAGACAACUUUUUGCUAAAGCAUUAGUAAAAGAUUACGAUUUAAAUCUUAUAUUCUUAUUUAGACUGAUAAAAAAAGAAUGCCUAUGCGCUAGAGUAUGUCUAUGCACAAGAGACAAGAUUUUGUCUUGGGUACUAGUGAAAAAAUUCCACUUAACCACUGUAUGUCUAUGCUCUUCCUAGAUGAUCCUGUACCUUGCUGAGACCAGUAGGCACCUCGGUUGCACUGAUUUAUUCAAGGAGCCGUCAAAGUACGCCUGGUCUGACUUCUAUGAAGAUCACUUCCUUUUGCCUCAUCAAAGGAUCCUUCUCAUCACAAACAAACGUGUCAUGCUAUUAUUGGUAAGAUAAUGGUUAUCCUAGUUUUGAUUCCAUCCAUCACUCCGAUUUAACUCCAUCUGAUUCCCCAUCACUUCAGUGUCUGGAUCCAGAGAAGAUGGACAGAAGGCCCUGCAAGAUAAUCUGGGAUGUGCAGUGGGAAGAACUCCUGGCCUUGGAGUUGGCAAAAGCCGGCUGCCCAAAACCAUCACACCUGAUCAUUCAUCUCAAAAACUUCAGAAAGUCAGAGAGUUUUGUGCGGCUUGUUAAGUGCAGCUUUGACAUCGAGGACGAUCAAGACCCUCAGGCUGUCAGGAUCUGUUCGGCGAUCCACAAGACAUGGAAAGCCCAUCAGCUGGACAUGAAAACCCUAACACUGAGGGUCGGUUAUGCUUUAUCCAUUCCCAAUUUAUCAAAUUUAGUGUUGUCUAAAAGGGUCUUCCCUGUUCCGACAAAACAGUCUGUGACAUGAUCUACUAUAGGUUCCUUCAAGCCAGAGAUAUGUGCAAUUUGCGUGGGAUGAAUCAACCGGUGGGGACUCUGAGAGACGAAUCAAAUCUGCGGUCAAGACUAGGAGACUUGUCUCCUCUAGUUCUUUCCUCGAUGAGAGGAGGUUUGUGAAGCACGUUGUGAACUUCCAGAAGAUAUGGAGCAGUGAGAGGGACUCACAGGUCCGGUGCAUAUUAUACCCAAAACAGGUGCUCUGUCAAAAUCCUCAAGAGUUUUCAGUCUUGCCUUUAAUGAAAUUACCAACAAUUCCAUGCUCCUGUAGGUCGCGGAUGAUGCUAUGGUUUGCACUCUCUGGAGGCCAGUUUGCCCUGAUGGGUAAUGAGCUAUUUCUACAACCUUUUGUCCGCAUUUAGAAAUCCAUAUUUCCAAGUACAUGUUAGGGUUAUUGGGCCAUCCAACUGAAAACCAAUUGGAAAUGGAUGGAGUAGGCCCAUGCUUAUGAUCACAGGUUUAUUUAUAUAACAGCUAAUGUGGGAAUAUUCUUAAGCACUCCCGCUCAGUUGCAAGCCAAUUCAUUGAAAUGUGUCAUGCAUUCAGCCCAUAGGCGAUCAUGAACUGUAAUACCGCGUUACAGUUAUCAUGCCACACACAGCUCAAAACCAGUUGCCCAUGAGUGUAGUAGGCUCGUAUUUAGAGUGGCAACUUUAUUUCUACUUUAGCUAAUACGCGACCAUUCUUAAGGGAGCAUUAUCGUUGUUCUGGUUCGCAAUAUAUCGUAAGAUUACUUACUAAUCAUGUAGAUCUUCUGACAUGGGCGACUAAUUUUCAAAUAGGUAUGUCCCUAUUGGUGAUAUAGCCCGGGCCGGAAUCCAUCCACCAACCGUUGCUGCAGUAUACAGAGAUUCAGAAGGGAACUUUGCUGAGCCUAUGGGUUAUGACCUGGUAACAAUCCUAGUCUUUGGCUCCUCAUAUUAUGUCUUUGCAUAACUUCCUCCUGAGAAUCAUGGCUUUCCCAGUCUGAAUCGUCUGAUUGAUACUUCACAAUAUAAGCUAAUACCAUGUGGAAGAACUCUGAACUAGAUAUAUAAAACGAGAAAGCAGUACGUCAGCACAUGAUCAGUGCGCUUUUUUCUGUCUACCGGCAUCUCAGCUAAGUAAUCUAGGUCGAAAAACAAUGAAUAUUCUGCUUGUUUUGAAUUGCUUCAGUUGAUGACUUCUAGAGUAAAAGUUAUUCGAGUUGAAUGGUUUUUUGCUAUAUUCGCAUUUCAAUUCCAAGCCACUUUUUUUUUUUUUGGGAUAUGUUAUCAUCUUGAUUGAUAGACCACCCCUCACAGCACCUGAAAAAUCAAAUGAAAAUUGAAUACUCUUUUCUUUGUGAAAGAGAUUUCAUAAGAUUCAAAUCGGCCAAUGGAGGGUAAUUAAUGAACACGUAUCUCCAGACUAUUGAAGGUGAAGGAAACCAUGAUUCCUUAGAACUAAAGGAUACAACUCUGUAAUCCAGGCAUUGAAAUUGACUGACUUUCAUGGUUAUUAAAGGUUCGAAGAGACCCUUCUCAGAUUAAGAGGAACAGCUACUUUCUCACCCUGGAGCACAGAGCAAUGACUACCCUCUUUCUAUCUCUGGAAAACAGCUCUGCUGCCCAAAGAUUCUGGCUAGUCCAUUCUUUGACCUAACCUUUACCAAACCUGAGCAUCUAAAUCCAUUCACCGCCAAGAACUACCACAAACCAGCAAUCUCUGGCCUGGCCCAAUUCCAAAUUAGCCACUCAAAAUGACCAAUUGUGUGUAUUUUUGGCAAGGAAUGGUGCAUACAUAUAACGGCAUGCCUUUUCCCAUGAGUCCACAGGUUUGGAGAAACUGCGCUGAAGAUUAUGUCACCCCUCUGUCGAUUUGGAGUCCAAGACCUCCAGAGGGGUUCGUUUCCGCUGGGUGUGUUGCAGUGGCGGGCUUCGAAGAGCCCAGACCGGAAUCCGUGUACUGCGUGAGCAGAAGCCUCUCUGAGGAAGCUCCCUUUGAGGAACAGAUGGCGUGGGCUGCCCCAGACUCGUAUCCCUGGUCAUGCUACGUUUACCCAGUCCAAAGUGAGGCUCUGCAUUUCGUCGCCCUGCGACAGCCCCGGGAGGACUCCAACUGGAGGCCCAUUAGGGUUUCAGAGCCACCAGAAGAAGCCCGGGAGCCUGGCAGCAGCCGGAGGGCAGAGAAAGCCGAAGAGAAAUCAUCCGCAGAAUCUGUACAUGAUUUUGAUGGACAGAUAAACCCUCUAAAGACGUCUCAUUAA